AUGGCCUUUUCUCGCACAGGCGGCGAUCUGUCGCAAUUUCCCGACGUUCCAAACACGCUUCGAAGCGAUCCGUCCGUCCCAUCAAUACCCCAGCAGUCCAUAGAGCCGCGCGCAGAUACGGCUCCCUACAUUACGCCAUAUCUCGGCCUUCCAGCUCGUCUUUCGCAGAUAUGGAUCAACCGAUGGACUGUCCUCCUAAUUAUUCUCCUCGUUCGCCUUAUUAUUCUUAUAGCUCAGUUACGAGACAACAUUGCAGAUGCCGAAACGCAAGCUCUUUCUGCAUGUACCAAGGUUGAAGAUGUGGGCAGUGCUAUGGCCUCAAUGCCACAUUAUCUCUCUCAAGGAGUCAAUGAACUCAUUGCCACCGGAGUUGAAAAGACCGUCCACGGCAUGGUUGAGAUGCUCGACCUUGUCAUCAGCGGCGUUGAAGGCAUCAUCAUCUUCUACAUCAACUUCCUGACUGCCACAUACACCUGUCUUAUCACCGCUCUCAUACACGGCAGUCUUGAGAUAGUCGCCAACGUCACCGCGGAUGCGACAAAGACCUAUAACAAAUUCAUCAACGGGACGGUGGGCGAUAUGAACAAAAUCGCCACUUCUUUGCAAAAUGGCAUCGCAAAUCUGACGUCUGGCAUUGAAGAUACCGUGUUUGGUAGCUUGAUUUCAGAGAUUCCCAAAGUCAACUUCUCAAAGCCCCUCAAUAAGCUUCUGGAUUUUCAGCUCAACACGACCAGUUUUGUCAGUGGUCUUCAACUCUUGGAUAAAGACCUUCCCACGUUUGAAGACGUUCAAAACUUUACUGAAUCCGCCAUCUCUCUCCCGUUUGAAGCCCUACGCACUGUCCUGGAUGAGAGAUAUGCCAACUACACGUUCAACAAGAGUGCCUUUCCGCUUGCUGAAAAGCAACAGAUGACAUUCUGCUCCGACAACGAUUCGCUGAACAACAUCUUUGAUCACUUGUUCAAAUUGGUGGCAAAAGCUAGAGUUGCCUUCAUUGUUGUCAUUUCCUUGGCGGCUGUCGCCGUCAUUGCUCCCAUGGCGUGGCUGGAGAUUCGUCGAUGGCGGCAGCAGAGGAACUAUGCAAAGCUUGUCGCCCGGAACGAUCAAGACCCGAUGGAUGUCGUCUACAUUGCUUCUCGGCCUUUUACUGCCUCUUACGGUCUCCGAUUUACGAGCAAGAUGACUGCGAAGCGACAGAUCCUUGUCCGCUGGUGCAUUGCGUAUGCUACCUCGCCAGCUGCCUUAUUCGUCCUAUCACUCGCACUGUCUGGAUUCCUUUCAUGCAUUUUCCAAUACAUUCUUUUAAGAGCAGUAGAAAAAGAGACACCUGAGCUGGCUCAAGAAGUCGGACAUUUUGCUGAUAAUGUUGUGGGAACCCUGCAGAAUGUUUCUCAAUCAUGGGCCGAUGGUGCCAACGGAGUCAUUACAGGUCUCAACGACGACAUAAACCAUGAUCUCCUCGACUAUGUCAGCAACGCAACAGGAGCGGUCAACAAUACCAUCAACGUUUUUAUGGACAAGAUGGAGGAGGGCCUGGAAUUCGCAUUCAAUGGAACUAUUCUCUUGGGCCCCAUCAAGUCGGUUUUACACUGUGUCAUUGGACUCAAGGUUGAGAGCGUUCAGAAGGGGCUUACGUGGGUCCACGACCACGCUCACGUUGAAUUGCCUCUAUUUCCCAACGAUACCUUCAGCGCAGGAGCAAACAGUUCUCUGUCUGGUGAGUCGGGCAUUGAUAGUUUCCUUGCCUCUCCUUCCGAUGCCACAACCAAUGAAAUAAGCGAAGCUGUCAGUCAUGUUACCAAGCGGCUCCAUAACAACCUGGUACAGGAAGCCCUCAUGUCUACCGGCAUUUUUCUCACCUAUGUCAUCAUUGUCUUGAUUGGUGUGAUUCAGACUCUCAUAGGGAUGGCCACAAACGAGCGCGGCCGGGCAGAGGGAGGCAUACGCUACCCAAGCAUAGACGGUGGCCAAAUGCACUCUAAUGCGCCUGCAGAGCGUUCCUGGUCGCAGGACCCGCCACCUCCAUGGGAGCCGGCGGCCUCUUCUUCCAGCAGUUCCGUUGGAAGCGGCGGUUCAGCAAGGGGCUCAUUUCAUGAGAAAUUUAUCUACGGUGCGGCGAGCCCAAUAAGGCCGAAAAUGACAAAUAAUCCAUACGACUACCCUGAUGAAAAGACCGGUUUUUAA